CUGCUGCCGGCUCUGGACUGGAGCGGGGGGGUGCUGUCCACCUACCUGGGGGGCCAGGAGGAGAGCCUCUUCGCCGUGCUCAUCCUCAUCUUCAUCCUAAGUGUCCUGGUCACCAUGAAAGUGUCCGUGGAGGAGCCGCCCACACGGCACGCCGCUGUGGAGCCCGGGCCCCCGGAGGCUGUCCACUGCACUGCGCUCCCGCUCUCCUGCUGGCCGCCGGGUCACUGCUGGUCCCGGGCUCCCAGGGUCAGCCCGCUGCUCUGUCUGCUGCGCGCGUGCAGGUCCGUCACCCCCGCCGUCUACCGCGGGUACUGCGACGUGCCGCAGGUCAUGCGCCGGCUGUGCGCGGCGCAGCUUUGUGGAUGGAUGGCCGUCAUGUCCUUCGUGCUCUUCUACACGGACUUUGUGGGGGAGGGGCUCUACGAGGGUGUGCCCAGCGCCGCCCCAGGCACGCCGUCCAGGCAGCGGUACGAAGAAGGGAUCCGCAUGGGCAGCCUGGGCCUCUUCCUGCAGUGCGCCACCUCCACCAUCUUCUCGCUGGCCAUGAGCCGGCUGGUGUGCCGCUUCGGCUCCCGCCGCAUCUACCUGAGCAGCCUGGCCAGCUUCACGGCCUCCGCGCUGGUCAUCUGCCUGUCCAAGAGCGUGGCGCUGGUCACCGCCAUGUCAGCGCUCACCGGCUUCGCCUACGCCACGCUGCAGACGCUGCCCUACACGCUCACCUGCCACUACCACAAGGAGGCAGAGGUUUUCAUGCCAGGAGCCAGAAGCGCGCGUUGCGGGAGUGCGCCCACGCAGGCCGGCGGCGAGGAGGCCGCCUGCUUCCAGAGUCCCAAGCACGACAGUGUCAGCGGGUACUUGCAUUUCGGUGGUGACAACGAGUGCGCCCAGCCCUGCGGCCCGGUGCUCAGCCCCAUCCCGGGCAAACGGGGCGUGGGGCUGGACUUUGCCGUGCUGGACAGCACCUUCCUCUUGUCUCAGGUCUUCCCCACGCUCUUCAUGGGCACCGUUGUCCAGCUGACCAAAUCGGUCACCACCUACAUGGCCUCCUCCGCCCUGUUUGGCUUCAUGGCCAUCUACUUUGGGAAACAUAUAGUCUUUGACCAGAGGGACCUCAGGGCCUGAGCGGUGGGGGGGGGGGGGGGGGCAGGCCACCGUGACAGAACCAGGCCUGAUUUUGGCCUCCCCUGCCUGGAACACCCUUCCCAUGACCUCUGUCUGGCUGGUGGAAGUCCAGUGGCCCAAUAGUGUAAGCUGGCUUUGUGCUACGUCUGUGUGCAAGCAGGCGGCCUUACAGAGCGUGGUCUUUCUGGCCAUCGUCCAUGUGGAAUGAAUAGUUUGCUAAGUGCCAGCCUGUGCUUGAUGCCUCUACUUAAAAGAUCUCUGACCUUUUCAUCUCAGGCUAGGCAGACCCCCCACUCCCCCCACCCUCCCCGCUCCACCCUCGACCUGGAGACCUGUAGCACACCUCAGUGGUAAUUCUAGGAUAUUUUUUUUGAGGUGCAGGACACAAGAAGGACCAACCUUAUCAUUAGCCAAUGAUAUGUUUUGAAUCAAUGAGUGACAGGGUAGUGGGGACUCUGGGGGCCAAUCAGCUUUCAUCUGUGACCAGCACCCCUGUGGCUCCGCCUCUGGCACACCCUGACAUUCGAGUAUUCCCAGACAGACAUGAGAAAUGCAUUAACGGCUGUGUACCUAGCGUUGACAUGUCAUUCGGGCUCUCAGCCCAGUUCUGUCACUGCCGUGAGUGACCCACAGUGGACCCACGGCCUGCUGAACUGGACUGACCCAUUUGGGCCAUUAACAUUCCGCUCCCAUUGGUUCUCUGAGGAGCUUUUCCAUUCCUUACAUCGGCUGCACUUUCCUCACAUGUUUGUUGGCUUGGUCCAUCUUGUGAGUGUCGUUGCCCUGGUAACCAUUAAAGGCACCAAAUGGAUCCUGUCAUUGUUUACAGGCCUGCAUCAUCAUGCUGAUGUUUAACUGUAUAUGAUGUCCACGUUUUUCUUUGUUCUGUGUUAAAAGUACAUCUUCUGUCCCCACAGGAAUAUCUGCGGCGCCCCCGUUUGAUUCUGAUUCUGAUUUAGGUUCAGUUCUGCUUGCUCCUGUCGUGUCGCUAGUUUAAAGAUGAUGAGACAGAUUGGGCGCGAUUUGCCCACAAAAGCCUUUCUAAGUUGCCAAAAUGCCAUUUUGACAAACGUGGGAUCCUCCAUGCAGAAUACCAUACAUUGUUUAGCAUGACAGAAUCCUGUGACCAGAUUUCGUUGUUUCUCAUGAGAUAGGGAUGUUCUUAUGAAUUUUAACCAAUCAGUUUACUCAGCAUAAGGUCAACAUAUUAUUCUCAUAUGCAGUUACAGUAAAUCUCUGACUGAGCAGAGGGACAGAUUUCUGGUUUGAUGUUCAUCAAGCAGCAUCUCUGAUAUGCUGUAAAAUGGGUGACUGCCAUUCGCUCGGCAGAGAGGUUAUUCCCAAGUUUCUGCCAAUAUGCGUAUUGCGGUGGGACAUUACUCGAGAGCUAGUGGCGGUUUAGGGUGAUGCUCUGAUUAAGCACAGGCCAGAGAGUGGAGCUGGAUCAGGGACCGGAGCCAUUUGUGAAGCCAACAGCACAGACAUGCAGCUACAAAUGUGUUUAUGACCAUAAGCGGUCGGGUCGGCACCUACACAGCCAGAAUCCUGUGCUUAUUUUAAGCACUUUUUCGAUAUUUAUAUGGUGUUGGUUUCUUUUAUUUAAAUCCAACUUCGAGUUUUCUGUGUGGCGAUUCAUUUUGGGUUAUGAUAAAAUGUAGUUUUUUCUGUCUCUUGCCGUACGGCUGUGGAGCAUUAAAAGCGCCCCCCCCCCCAUCUCCCGCCGUAACGGGAUCCCGCCGGAGUAUGAUUCCCAAAGACCACGACGUGGCCGACGUCACUAUGACACAAAUUAUUUUAAAAUAUUACCUUCGUGCAAUGUACUGCCAAUUUUUAGGGCAUUUCUUAGCUUUAAUGAAUAUUUAAGUCUCAGAAAUUAUUUAUCUUGAUUAAAAAAUAGAACUUAAUUAUCUAUUUCAAAAAGUGCCUGGAAUUUUUUAUCGUAAGUGCUAGAUAUGUAUUUAUUUUUCUAAAGUCGUAAGCACACAAUCUAAUCGUGCUUGUUUCUGUUGGAUGUGUCGUGACCCUACGGGUGUUGCCUUCUGCUUUUGUGAAAGGAAAAAGAUCAUUUUGUUUGAUUCGCGCGCACGAUCCUCCCUCCCACUGAUGUUCUGAUAUCCGGCUGCUUUCUACGGAAGGUCAGAGCAGCUAGACCUCAUUUAACAGCUGUGACAGCACGGACUCCAAGGUGCCAGUUUUUUGUGUUCCCAGUAUGAAUUUUACGAGAAAUAAUUACAUGCUUUAGUUUAUUUUUAUGUACCAUUUUAAGCUGUUGAAUCACAUCAGUUAAUAAUAAUGUAUAUUUAACCCGCAACGGGAAAUCUGACAUGACUGGCUGUUAAGACUGUCAUCUUCCUGUAUUUAGGUCGUAGUAUUUGCACAACGCAGCAGUAUGUUACCUGGAAUACCACAGAAGGCUGCUUUUUAAUUUUUGCUUUUCAUAUACAUGAUUAUAAGGUUAUACCAAAGACCUGUCACAGCUGUCCCGUCACGGGACACCAUGGUCCAGCAGUCCUGGGAACUGGGUGUUUGAGGAUGUUGCAUGGGAGGGAGGGGCCAUACAGGAAGUUAUGGUGUGGGCGGACAGGGUCUGAAUCCCUGCCUCCAUCACCAGAGCCUGCAUGCAGCUGCUCCUUCAAGAGAAAUCAGCCGGCUUUACGUCAUACUUACUGAUAUACAUAUAUACAUUUUUUGCAUUUUAUUGAAUUUUAACAUUCGUUUCAGCGUUCUGGUACAUGCGACCCGGGGUGUUAUUUGCCGCAGACCUCAAAUGAACGUUGUUUUAGCCAAAUCUCCGGUAACUUUGCACAUUACUAUAGAAUCCCCGUGUAUUGAUGCCGGUUGGAGGUAUCAUGCCUUUUGGUUUCUGAUCAUGAAAUCAUUUUGUAAGCACUUCAUUCUAGGCUACUAUUCUUGUGAUUUUCUUAUGUUAUUCUUUUGUUAGGCGUUUGUUUCACUAUAAAUAUUAUUAAAGUUAUUUAAUAUGUGAUCUCUGUAUUUACCAUAAUUGGUGUCCUGUACUACCAAGUUCAGGUGUGUAGGGGAUAAUUUCACAUUUGCCUUUUUUCUUUGUGUUUCAUUAAAAAUGCCAAAUCAGGGAAUAUUUAUGUAAGCAUAAUGUAUAAACAAUUCCAUGAGUGCAUGUGCUGUGUGGUGCGUCUCACUCGGUUUUAUCAAAGUUUCCAGUUUGUCGCAUUUGUUUUACCGUACGGGUGCUGAUUUUCUAAGAAUCAAACAUCAGUGAUUAUGAAGUCUGACUUUUUUUACUGAAAUAAAUAUUCUGAAUGAUUUUAAAAUGGCCAAGUGUUUAUUCGGCUUUCCCUCACCACAAAACUUCCUAAGCUAUACCCCUUUUCCUGAAAACCUUAUUCCAUUAUUUGUUUUCCUAUGCUUUACUGUUCAUCAGUAUCAGUGUUGUUUUAGGCCUGUGCGAUUUAAUAAUGCUGGUAUUCCUAAGCUGAGAAUGUUAGAUGUUUCAUUAAAACGCUGUGUAUGUGGAA